AGUUUCACUUCGCAAUUUACGCAAUUGUCGCGAACGCGUUGUCGCUGCUGCGUUUUGCGACUGAAUCCCUUUAAGAUUGUCGAAAUUUCCACUUUACAUCGCCGAACCUUGUUUUCUACUUUUCAACAAUUCUUUUUGUUUCACGGUAAUCUUUCCGCAACUUUGAGGUUCUCCGUGUAUGAGUUCCGACGGGCCGACGUAACAACAUCGCCGUGGUGUGAUCAAGAGAAAAUGGCCGCCGCCGCGGCUGCCGCGCUGCUCGACGAGCUUAUGGGCAGAAACAGGAACGUCCUGCCUAAUGAGAAGCCCAAGGAACUCAACUGGGAGGAUCCUGAGUUUUGUAAGCUGUAUCUGGUGAAAUUCUGUCCCCAUGACUUAUUUGUUAAUACAAGAGCGGACUUAGGUGCCUGUCCCAAGGUACACGAUGACGAAGCUAGGGAACUUUUUGAAAAGGCGCCGCAUUCGUAUCGUAAACAGCAAUAUGAGGAUGAGUUUAUCAGGUAUUGUCAGAGUAUGUUAAACGAAGUGGAGAGAAAAAUCAUAAAGGGAAAGCAGCGGUUGGCACUGAUUGGGAGAACAGAAGCACCGACGUUAACUCCAGCCCAAACUCAGAGGAAUGAGGAGCAGAUUGCCUUACUAACAGAGAAGAUAAAUAAGUUGGUGGAGGAGGCCGAGCAAAGUGGAAUUCAAGGCAAUGUGGAACAAGCGCAGGGCCUAAUGCGUCUUUGCGACCAGUUGAAAGAAGAGCGCGAAACCCUAAGGAAAUCCAACGACAACAGUCAUUACAAUCAAACUGCUGAACUGGCGGCUGCACAGGAGAAACAAAUGGAGGUAUGUGAUGUGUGUGGCGCAUUUCUUAUCGUGGGCGAUGCUCAGCAACGGAUUGAUGAUCAUCUAAUGGGAAAACAACAUGUGGGCUACGCAAGACUGAAGAGUGCUCUUCAAGAGAUUAUGAACAAACGCGAGAAGGUGCGCGACGAGAAAGAACAGAGAAGAGAGGAGGAACGGAAGCAAAGGGCGCGAGCGAACGAGGAGCUCGACAGACGACGGAGAGACGGUGACAGAGAUAGAGAUCGCGAUAGAGAUAGGGACAAGCGUCGUAGGCGAAUAGAUGACGACAAGAGCCGUCAUGAUUCAAGCGGUCAUAGAAACACUGGGCAUAAAAGUAGAAGUAGAUCGCGAGACAAACACCAUCGGGACGAAGAUAGCCAUCGACGUCACGGUCGAGAUAAAGGAAGUCGCGAUCAUCGAAGUUCCAGCCACCAUAAUCGUCGCCGUCACCGCUCGCGAAGUCGAAGUCACAAGUAACUUCUCUUGAUUGGUUAGUGAGUGAGAAGUAAGCCAGGAGAAGCCCGCGAAGAUCUAUGGAAUUAUGGACAUACACUUUCAAGAUGAAUCGAAAGAAUGUGAAUAAAUACAAUCAGAUUGAAACUCAUCCAAUAUAACAAAUUCAUACUGUUUAUUUAAAAAUAAAACGAAUUGUUUCUAUAAAAAUAUAGCGUUUUUCUCUUUAUUCUACAUAGUCUUAUCGCGUUUUGUUUUCAGAUAAUUGAAUUCGAGGCUUAUUUUUCGGGAACUGAACCUUGUAUUAUUGCUUUUCCACGUAAUUUAUAAAAGAACAUCGUAUUUCUCAUUAUGGGAUAUAAAGAUAAAGAAAAACCCUGGUAAAAGUCAAUUUUGGACUUAGUUCCUUUCGCUUCUCGGGCACGAGGCUGUCUGUAGGUUUGUUAAUGCCGUAAUCUCGUUUACACGUCAUUGAGAGAGAGAGAGAGAGAGAGAGAGAGUGUGUGUGUGUGUGUGCGUGUGUGUAAGAGAUUUAGUGGUUUAGUGUGGAGGGGACACAGCUCUCAGUACCCGCUUCAUAGAGCUUCGUCCACGACUGCAAAUGCACGAGUGCACAACUGCGAGUGCGCCCUGCAAACGUGUGACUGUGACUAUAUGAACCUCUAGCUUCUGCCACGCAAUUGACGAGGUAUUUAUGCCGGAAUGAUAAUAUCAACACAUGUCCUUCUGCCAGGAGAGUUAUUCCUUUGUUUUCGUGUCCCGUUGGGUCCUUAGCUGACUAAGGAUCUAACAAUUUUUGAGAUGCGAAGUUUUAGACAAUAUAAGGAUCUUUAAAUCGCCGGUAUAUAGGGCCAUACAUAUUCAUGCAAGACUUAACGUACUCCACUAUUUUUAUUAUAAAAGAAUGCACUUAAACGAGAAUGCUAUUUCUUAGCAAAGCCACUAAAGAAUAGAAAGAUAUAUAGAUAAUUAUAAUAGAGAAUUUACCUGAUAUCUAUAAGAAACUAAUAUUUAUUUUAAAAAUCAAAUUUAAGAGACAUGAUAUUCAAUUAUUUGAAUAUUUUGUGACUUACGUAAGUCACCUCCCCAAAUAAUGAAAAUUGACCCAAUGAUCUGCGUAUCUUUCGGUGUUUCUAAUUGAGGCGAUUUAGUUCGCAAUUUCCUCAAGAGAACUUCAUGCGCUUGUUAAACAAACACACAGUCGACAGAGGGACAGGAUUUUACCAGCAUAAAACUGUCAUUAAAUAAUGUUUGACUAUUACAUUGUAUCACGGUGCCGAUGACACUUUUGUGUAAAAUUUGGAUUAUCUAUUUUCAGGAAGAAGAGAAGAACAAGGGGAAGACUACGGGAACUCAUCCAAGACAUCGUUUAACAUAUUGUUAAGGUAAAGAUUUUGCAUAAUCUUAACAAUAAGAAAGAGUGAGAGAGGGAGAGGACAGACGAAGAAAAUAUUUGCGUUGAGAUCCGCCAGAAUCGAUAUAACUCGUGUUCCGAGUAAUUGUUAUUUUAGGCCAUCUAUACAUAAACAGAAUAUCAGCAAGGUAAAUUGUAUGAUACAAUUUGUAUUUGCUGUGCCGCGUUAUAAUAAUAAUGCUCGUAAGAUUGUUAUUUGGAAUUAAUAAAACAAUGCCACAUA